GGCGCCCAGCACGCCCGAGAGUCGGGAGCCGGCGGCUGCGCUGCGGCGAGGAGCAACUGUGGCGAGAGCCUUGCGGCCGGCUGGGUCCCUGGACCCCACUAGCUGGCUCUGCGGCGGCCGCCUGUCAGUCGACGUUCGAGACCCUGCGGACGGCGUCUCAGGUAACUGCCCCUCCCCGCGGCGGGGGCACCGGCGCUCUGGAGAAAGGGGCCCCCGCAGGUGGAGCGGGCAGGGGGCGGCCGGCCGCGAGGUCCUAGCGCCGCAGUGCUGCUCUGCACAUCCCGAGUGCCUUCCGAGCCACCGCCAGGCGAGAUACUUCCCCGAGGCGCGGGCGUCCGGGAGUGAGAGGGGCUUAGAUAUCUGCUUAGCAGAUUAAUCAAAGGCAAGAAAGGCUAAUCUAUGUUCUGAGUACUUCCCCCAGCAAGACCCCUGUUACAGACUGUAGGCCAAGUUGACCGUGCUGCCAUAUACCCCUCCACCCAGAUAUUAUUCUAGGGUCCACCAGUGUGAAGAUGACCAGUGCCUUCCUAGCAUGACGACCUUGGACCACGUAAUUGCUACGCAUCAGUCAGAGUGGGUCUCCUUCAAUGAAGAGCCACUUUUUUCUGUCCCUUCUGAGGGGGGCACUGAAGAACACCUCCCAGUACUGUCAUCUUCUUCAGACCAGUCUGAGACUUCCUCUGGGGAGAACCAUGUGGUGGAUGGAGCCUCCCAGGACCUUUCCCACUCAGAGCAGGAUGAUUCCUCUGAAAAGAUGGGUCUCAUCUCUGAAGUGGCCUCUCCUCCCGAGAGCCCCGAGCAGCCCUCACUUGACCUGGCCUCAGCCAUCAGCAACUGGGUUCAAUUUGAAGAUGACACACCCUGGGCCAGCACCUCACCAUCUCCUAAAGAAACAGGACCCUCUGAAAAGAUGGGUCUCAUCUCUGAAGUGGCCUCUCCUCCCGAGAGCCCCGAGCAGCCCUCACUUGACCUGGCCUCAGCCAUCAGCAACUGGGUUCAAUUUGAAGACGACACACCCUGGGCCAGCACCUCACCAUCUCCUAAAGAAACAGCCCUCCCAGUGACCAUGCCCUGCUGGACAUGUCCUUCUUUUGACUCCUUGAGGAGAUGCCCUCUGACCUCCGAGAGCAGCUGGACAACCCACUCUGAAGACACUAGCAGUCCUAGCAUUGGCCCUUCGCACACAGACCUGCAACUUGUCAAUGCUGAGGAGCAGACAAGUGGCAGAGCUUCUGGGGCUGACUCAACUGACGAGAACACUGAGUGGCAGCCAGGCAGGCAGACGGCGGGGAGCCCUGUUCAAGCAUGCAAGGAGCACACCUCCACCCGUACCCACGUCUUGGACCCCUGGCCACCACCCCACGCCAGGAGGAGCCCCGGAGAGGAAUCUCCAGGGUCCUCUGCUCCCAAUGGACCUGAAUGGCAGCCCUCAUAUGGUCUCUUUUUCCUUUUAGACAAUUCUUCCUCACUUCAGGAAGAUGAGGAGGUAGAGAUGGAGGCCAUCACUUGGCAAACCAGCAGUCCAGCUAUGAACGGGCACCCUACCCCUCCAGUGACCUCUGCUCGUUUCCCCAGCUGGGUCACUUUUGAUGAUAAUGAAAUUAGCCUCCCUUCUCUACCAGUCACCUCUCCUCUGAAGCCAGAUAUACCAUCUAUUACAUCUGUGGUCCCAGAUGCACCUUUUAACUCAACUGGGUCAGUUAAGAGGGAUCGUCCCAAGAGCACUUUGAUGAACUUUUCCAAACUUCAGAAGUUAGACAUUUCCUCCUUAAACCGUCCACCUUUCAUACCUGAGGCACCACCUUGGAGGGCAACCAAUCCUUUCUUGAAUGAGACUUUACAGGAUAUACAGCCCUCUCCUAUCAACCCUUUCAGUGCUUUCUUUGAGGAACAGGAGAGGCGUUCCCAAAACAGUUCCAUUUCCAGUACCACAGGCAAAAGCCAAAGAGAUUCACUCAUCGUCAUCUACCAGGAUGCCAUCAGUUUUGAUGAUUCAAGCAAAAGUCAGUCACACUCUGAUGCUGUUGAAAAACUUAAACAGCUCCACAUCGAUGAUCCUGAUCAUUUUGGCAGCACAACACUACCUGAUGAUGACCCAGUAGCCUGGAUUGAGCUAGAUGCUCACCCGCCUGGGCCAGCUUUGUCCCAGCCCAGGGAUGGGUGGCCAAUGAUGCUGAGGAUCCCGGAGAAGAAAAACAUCAUGUCCUCCAGGCACUGGGGACCAAUCUACAUCAAACUAACGGACAGUGGUUACCUGCAGCUCUACUAUGAGCAGGGCCUAGAGAAACCAUUUCGUGAGUUCAAGUUGGAGAUGUACCAUGAGGUGUCCGAACCCCGGCUUCAAAACUAUGAUGAGAAUGGUAGGAUCCACAGCCUACGGAUUGACCGAGUCAGCUACAAGGAGAAGAAGAAAUACCAACCCAAACCUGCUGUGGCCCACACAGCAGAGAGGGAACAAGUGAUUAAGCUGGGUACCACCAGUUAUGAUGAUUUCCUGAGCUUCAUCCGUGCAGUUCAGGACUGUCUCAUGGAUCUGCCGGUGUUAUCAAUGGACCUGAGCACAGUUGGUCUGAACUACCUCGAAGAGGAGAUCACAGUGGAUGUCAAAGACGAAUUCUCUGGCAUUGUGAGCAAAGGAGACAACCAGAUUCUCCAGCACCACGUCUUAACACGAAUCCACAUUUUGAGUUUUCUCUCUGGGCUCGCGGAGUGCCGCUUGGGCCUUAAUGACAUCCUUGUGAAAGGAAAUGAAAUCGUUUCCCGGCAGGAUAUAAUGCCCACCACAACCACAAAGUGGAUUAAGCUCCAUGAAUGCCGUUUUCAUGGGUGUGUGGAUGAGGAUGUGUUCAGUAGCUCUCGGGUUAUUCUCUUCAACCCUUUGGAUGCGUGCCGGUUUGAGCUCAUGCGGUUCAGGACAGUGUUUGCGGAGAAGUCCUUGCCUUUCAUGCUCAGGACCGCAGCCAGUAUCAACGGGGCAGAGGUGGAGGUGCAAAGCUGGCUGAGGAUGUCAUCCGGUUUCUCCUCUAACCGUGACCCUCUCACCCAGGUUCCCUGCGAGAAUGUAAUGGUGCGUUACCCAGUGCCCAGUGAGUGGGUGAAAAACUUCCGCAGGGAAAGUGUCCUUGGGGAAAAGUCUCUGAAAGCCAAAGUGAAUCGGGGGGCAAGUUUUGGCUCAACUAGUGUCUCUGGUUCUGAGCCUGUCAUGAGAGUAACACUGGGAACUGCCAAGUAUGAGCAUGCCUUCAACGCCAUCGUGUGGAGGAUAAACCGGCUGCCUGACAAAAACUCAGCUUCUGGUCACCCACACUGUUUCUUUUGCCACCUUGAACUUGGUUCUGACCGGGAAGUGCCUUCCAGAUUUGCCAGUCAUGUGGAUGUUGAGUUCAACAUGCCCACAACUUCUGCCUCCAAAGCCGCUGUGAGAUCCAUCUCCGUGGAAGAUAAGACUGAUGUCAGGAAGUGGGUCAAUUAUUCAGCACAUUACAGCUACAAGGUGGAAAUUGAACAAAAAAAGAGUUUGAAGCCAGACUUUGAAGGAGAUGAAGUAGACAAUCCCAAGGAGUGUGGGAUACAGUGACAAAGCCUUCAGUGAGGAACCUGAUCCAAGAGUCAUGACAGGGUGUCUUCCUGAAUAGCUGAGGUUUAAGUCAAUACCUGCUGUGGCCACUCCAUGCUGGGAACAGUCCAUCCGAUCUUCUCAUUUACAGUCACCUGUAUUUUAGCAGGAACCCUGAGGUGGCUGCUGUGGAGAGAGGCUUGUUGAGUCUGACCAUACCUGAAGCACAUGGUUCACCUGACUUUUGGAGCUUACUGUGUAAUUGAGCCUCCUUGUCUUUUUUCUGCUUAUAUCAGAGCACUGGCUUAUGGUUUUUUGUGACUGUUAGAGUCUGUAAAAGAACCUCCAACAUCAGUGUUGGCAUGAUUUCUUUCUGAUGUUCAUCUGCCACUCAUGAAUUUCUGAAAAAAGUAAAAAAGCAGUCUUAAGAAUUCAUAUCUGUCACCAGGCACAGUGACACAUACCUAUAAUCACAGUGACUCAGGAGGCUGAGAAAGGAGGAUCACAAGUUCGAGGCCAGCAUCAUCCAUUUAGUGAGGCCCUCAGCAACUUAGUGAUACCCAUCUUAAAAAAUAGAAAGUGCUAAGGAUAUGGCUCAGUAGUGAAGUACCCCCUGGAUCAAUCCCUAGUAUCAAUUUUUUUUUUUUUUUUUUUUUAGUAUCUGUCACUUCACUCCUCUAGAAAAGGUUCAGAAAAUGUUCACAACAAAUUUCUUAUUUGGGUCUACUAGACCUUUCAUAGAAAUCUCCAUUCUUUAAAUGUUAACACUAUGCAACAGAAAUUUUUCAGAUUUCCUCCUGGUUCUAGAUUGUUUAGAUUGAAACACUUUUUCCAUUUCUCUUGAGAUUUCAGUCAAAGGAUUUGCUGUCCUAAAUUACAAUAGAUAAUAGGAAAAGGCCUAUUAGGAUAUAUUUUUAUUCUGUGAUUGGACCUACAUUCUGCAAAUGGAUUGGACUAGAUUUACAUUCUGUUGAAGGGAAAGCAAAAUUGAACUUAUUUCCUUUCUCCUCAUUCUGACGAAAAGGGACAUUAAAUUUAAGAUUAUAUACAUAUCAGGAGACACUUUCAAUCUCAUUAAAUUCCCAAAUUCACACUGAAAAAUACAGGCCACUUCUGAUUCUUGAAGCAACAUACACACACACGCACGCACACACGCGUGCACACUCUAUACCUCAGGCAGUUGUCAGGGGCAUUUGGGAGUUCUUUUUAUACCUUCGUAGCCAAUAUACUGUUACAUGGCUCUUCAGCUCACUUAAUAGGAGAUUUAAGCUGAAAAGAUAAUUUUAAAGAUUGAAUGAGCUUUCCCACAAAAUUCAGAGUUUGAUAAUCACAGUAUUAUAAUAGAUCAAAAAUGCAGAAAACUGUAGGGUAAGGGUGGGGAAAAGCCAUAUUUAUCAAUGUUGUGAACAUUAAAUCCUGAUUCUAAGAGUCAGGACAUUCUGCCUUCUUUUCCUGCUUACCUCUGUUUCUUAUUUGUACCUUGGUGUUUUCUCUCAUGAAGAAUGGAGUGAGGGGACAGAAAGUACACUUUUAUCAGCUUUGUACAUAAUAGAGAAAUAAAUAAUAUCUCCAGUUUUGGAAUGACCAAUUUCAGGACUAAUUUAUUCAAUGAAUAUUCAUUGAAUUCUAACUAUGUACUGAUAAUAGGUUAUAAAAAUUGUUACAAUAUUUUAAAGUAUCUAAGCACAGGAGUGAAUCUAUAAAAGAAUGAGUUGGAUAGGCAUUAAUGAGAAACCCUUUUUUCUGAGUUUUUAAAAUGCAACCCUUUAAGUAUAGAGUAGAAUACCAUGUGAAUGUGUGUGUUUAUGUGUGUGUUCAUAAACAAGGUCAUUAGGAAGACAUUUCUGUAGCUAUUCAUGUAAAAAUAUUUUCUUAGGGAAAUGAUAGUUCAGUUUUGAAUUGGGAGAAUACUGUAGCGAUUCACAAAACUAAUGCAUUCAACCUAUGUCAAAUGAAGUUUAGAAAGUUCUGCAAGAUGUAUUGGUCAGUACACAUCUGGAUGGAGGGCUGGGUUCAAUUAUAGAUACUGUAUUUUAAGAGAGGCAUUAAUAACUUGAUUGUCCACAAGCAGGUGAUCAGGGUUGUGCAGAGUCUGAUUAUAUAAGAAAUAGGGGACUAGCUACCCUGAGGAACAGAAGAUAUAGCUGGGAAGGGAGUACAGGGAAGGAGGGAAUAUUAUAAUAGCUGCCUCAAAAUUUCUGUUGAUCUAUAAAAAGAGGAAAUAGAUUUGUUUUGUGUAGCUUCAGAGGGCAAAAAUAAGAAUAAAGAGGAACUUUACAGAUAAAAGAUGUCUGCUUUAAUAUAAGAAAGAAUUUUCUAAGAAAAGUUGUUCUAAAGAGGAAUAAACUCAAGUGUAAAAUUUCCUGUUGCUGCCUAUGCCCAAAGGUUAUAAUAACCACCUAUCCUGGGUGCUAUGAAAGGGACUCUCACAUUUAGAUUUGGGUUCGAUGAUUACCAAGAUCCCUUCUAAAUAGUCUCAAUAGGAAUAAGUCUCUAAUUCCAGUGAUCUUUUCCUUCUUACAUGUUUACAUGUUCUUUAGAAUAUAGCAGAGCCCCCAAAGGGCUUUGUCAAGGGAUUUCAAAGCAUAUCCUUUCCCUGGUUGUACUAAAGGAACUUAAGAUUCCUAAGGAGUCUGCUUGGGUUGGAGAGUUGGCAAGAUGAAUAAGAGCGUCCUCACCCGUUCCUUACCAAGCUGAGCACUGUGUCCAGAUCCCUGCCUCCCUGCUAGCAGAGCAUGCAGAUUGCUUGAUGGAUCUCAGCCCUAUCCCCUUGGCUAAUUCUCAUGCCUUCUUGCUUUCACCUGGACUGUGAUUUCUAACCAAAAGUUGGGAAAUCCCUUCCAUGCUUUCUUCAUUCAAGCCAGCCAUUUAUUACUAAUUUUUAAAAACAUAACUACCUUGAUUUCAUCAAAUUUUUUUGGCCUCUGAUUAAAAUCAGAGGGAACUGAUUAUGGGUAACAUUUCAGGGGUUGGGAGAUUCAAUACAAUAUAUUUUUAGUGUUUUACUAAUAACUUCCAUAAACACGGCUGGGCAAAUUACCUUUUUGAUGUGCAAAUUGUUUGUCACUGUGGACCUGGUUGGUUUUUUGUUUGUUUGUUUGUUUUGUGUGUGUAGGGAGUUACCAAAAAAAUCCUGGUCUAUUAUCAAAAAUGUGAAAAUAUUAAAAGUGAAUUUAUUUUACCAAUACAUAGUGUUACAAUAGAACAUAAAUUAGAUGUCACAUGACAUCAAUAGCUGUACUCGCUUUCUAGGGCUUGCUUUUCAACUACACAGUAAAAGAGGGCACAAAAUGUAUUCAUUAUGAUAUGUCAAAGUGGGGAGACCAUUCAACCCCCUUUGGUUGCUCUUAUAGACAUAGUAGUUAUUCCUUAUCAAAAGUUUGCACUUUGUUCAUAUUAAAUAUCACCUGGACAGUUGUAUUGUGCUUUUUUACUUUCUGUUUGGUUCUUCUUUUAUUCUCUACCUUCCUGAAUUAUUAUUAGGGCUCCUAAUCCUUGAGAACAUUUUUUAAUUUAAAAUAUUUCUUGUUUGAAAUGAGACUAAUUUUUAUUCAAAUCCUGUGGUUAGGAGCGAAAGUUUAUUUCCCUAGAAACCCAAGUUCCUGAGAAAUGUGAUGUUGAAGACAAGGAGCACAUCUUAUUCUUUUUGUUUCCAAUAACUAGCACAAAGCUUGGAAUUUAAUAAGGUUCAGCCACCUUAAAUCUUUAUUGAUAGGGCAAACAUAUUCAUGAAAUAAAAGGAAGUUAUUUGAUAUUUAAUAAAUGUUUGUCAAAAGAAAACUUCCCCUGAAACUCUAAGGCUACCAUCAAAUACUCAUAUUAAAGCAAACAAGCAGCUUUUAUUUUCUGGAGGAUUUAAAUAAUUUUUCUUGCCAGGCGCGGUGGUGCAUGCCUGUAAUCUCAGUGGCUUGGGAGGCUGAGGCAGGAGGAUCAUGAGUUCAAAGCUGGCCUCAGUAAAAAAAGUGAGGUGCUAAGCAACUCAGUAAGACCCUGUCUCUGAUAAAAUACAAAAUAGGGCUGGAGAUGUGGCUCAGUGAGUGCCGUGACUGCCCGAGUUCAAUCCCCAGUCCAAAAAAAUAAUUAUUAUUUUUCUUUUAUUCUUGCCUUGAAAGUCAACUAAUAAGAACUGUUGGCACAUUUCGUGUGCUACCGAAUUUGAACUUAAAUGUACCGUAUUCAUACUGAGAAACAUUUUUAUGCCUCAAAGUGCAAAGGCAAGAUGUGCUGCCUAUAGCCAGAUUGAUUCAGUUUUGGUGCUGCACGUCAGCUCUAUGGGCCCAGACCUUGCCCAUUAGAAUGGCCAAAGCAGAAGAAAGCAUUUGAUGGGAGUGCACAGCCAGUCUCAGUGUGCCAGGUCUUUGUUCUCCCCAACAUUAACCACAACUGGGGUUACUGUCACCACAGUGAUAAAGGUCUGAAAAGGCUGAAACUUGCCAGAUGAAAUCAUGAUAAAAGUAAUAAUUUGAUUGAUGGAAAAGUGGAAAAUAUGCUAUUUUUUUUUCUUAAAGCCUUGGGAAUUACUAAACUGGUGUGAGUAGGAAGCACUACCACCCAGCCUACAUAAAUACAUUCUCCCUGUUGGAAUUGGUAAUUUUUAUCAAGAAUUAUUAUAAGUUAUUUUCAGCAUAUCCAGAGUUUAGAUUAUGUGAAUAAUGCAAUCUAACAGGUAUUUUUAACAAAACCAACAAAAAUAAAAAUUUUAAAAAUUAUCUGGUAAACAAAGUGUCUCAAUACUACACUACCAAAUCCCCUCCAAACCAUGACAAUUCUGUAUGUAAAAUCAAGACAUUCUCACCAAGUUUAUAAGGAUGUUUUCUAAACAUUAGCAAUGCCUAAAUGCCCUACAAAUCACCAGUUCUUAAUUAUGUUUUUUGUAAAUGAGACUGACUUUGAGUAUUAUGAUUCAUAUUUAUAUACUUUGAGAAUUAAAAGUGAAGGAGAUAUGUAAGGCAACCAUAAAUGUAGAGAACAAAUGUAUCUAUUAGUAACAUUUUCCCAUGUGUUAACUGCAGCAAAAAUGUGGAAUUUUUACAUUUCUUUUACAUUUCUUAGCAAAUCUGCUUGGGAAAAUCUAGUCCUAUGUUUUGAGAAUUGAAAAAGAAAAAUGUAUCACUCCACUUAAAAUUCCAGCCUAUAAAGGCAGAAACCUUUCAUAAUAAUAUGUUUGGCAGUACCUAGACAAAGGCAAGUAACAACUGGAUAUAAUAAAAAGUUAUAAAAGAACAGGCUAAAGAAAAUAGUAUUUCAAUAUGAAAAAGUAUAAAAAGACAUGGAGAAUAUAGCUUUGGACAAUAACCCUCAAAAUACUUAACCAGAGGCCUUCUCUUAAAGCUAAAAGUAAGCUGUAGGAAAAAAGAUUGCAAGGCAGGGAUAAAUAACAGAAUCAUUCAGAUCAAGAGGUUAUUUGUCCAGUGUCUACUCUGGUCAGGGUGCUGUGUUAGCAGCCAAACACAAGGACACUGAGGAUUAUUUAUAUAAAGUUGUUAGUAGGUAUGUGCCAUGAUGGCUUUAUUAAGGGAAAAAUUGGCAUUUGUAUGAAUCUCUAGAACAUUGUCAUGGAGACAAUCACUAUGUUAAUUGACUUGUUAUUUUGUCAGUUGGACUUCACUUUCCAAUAAGGGAGAGGACUGGACUGAUUGUUCAGAUUCUUUCCAGCUCUAGUUUUAUGAGUUACCUUACAAAAUAUCCUUUAGUGCCAAUUUUUGUGUGAUAGUUCCAUGCCAAUAAUACUUCAUAUAUUCUUACAAACCAAGAAUUUGAAUUUUGAGGACUGAGAAAACCAACUGCUUCAUCUUUCUUUAUUUUCAUGUCUCUACCCUUCACCAUCAGCCGGGAAGAUGGAAACACAGGAAACCCUGCAAUUAAUCUUUUAGUUGCUUUUAAAACACCAAAGAGGGUGGUGAAGACUAGUGGGAAUGCUGCUCUGGAAGCUCCAUGGGGUACUACCCCUAAAGCAGUGGUGUGAGUGUGAAGAGAAGCAGACAGUUCUCCAAAAUGGACAUUAGGAUCCCGGUAUGACUUCAAGCAGAUGUAGCUCUAAUCCUCCAAGGUACUGAGGAUGUCGGGAUAAUCCUUGACUUAUAGCUUACAUGACCUUUAUACAAAAACUGCAGGACUUGAGGGAGGAAGGUGUACUCAGUCAACAGUCUGGGACUAUUUGUAAGUUACAGUAAAACCAGAGAGAGAGGGAUAGUUCCCUGACACACACCUCCUUUCUCUCAGUAACAUAAAAAUGUACUUUAAAAUUUUUAAAAACAUGUACAAGCUACAAAAUAUAGCUUUUCUCAUGUGGUAUUUGUGGCUUGACUAUGAUUUUAGUUUCUUUUCUAGUUGUACUUAAUGUCAGAUGUAAUGGAUGAAUUCCAACUGCACUGAGCAAGGAAUUCCAGCAUCCUCUUCCUGUUCACUCCUUUGUUCUGCCUCAGUUCUAGUCGUGGACCCUGUCCAGCAACAUGGGGACCUAAGCCUUAAACACCGUUACUUGCCUCCAUGUGCUGUAGGAUGGCCAACUUAGAGGUAUUCCCCUGGUUCCAGGAAAGCAGAUUUGCAUUCAUCUCUCAAUAGGAGCCUGUUGGGCUUAAGGGUUUUAAAGAAUGGGGUGAGAGAAGGGAAUAACGAGAACUCCUCUGGCCCUCAGCCAGUGUGCAUUUAAUCUUCGUGUCCACUUGCCAAAAGAAUCUGAAAACUUUGCCACCUUCAAGAGAUAAGUCAGAAUCGAUGUUUUAGCCAGAGGUAACAGAGGAGUGUUGCUCUUUGCCCUCCUUUUUUGUAAUGUCCAUAGUGAAUUUCAAUGUGCCAGGGUGGAUGAACCCAGGAUCCAGUGAAUAAUUCAGCCCCUUCAACCUUAUACUUUCCUUCUUCAUCCAUCCUCAAUCAGUGUGACUUCUUGCAUUGUUGUGGUUAAUUUUAUGUAAAACCAGUUUACUUUAAAAAACGUGCCUAUGUAAUAAAGUCUACACACUGGCCAUCUCUGUAGAGGUGAGGUUUUAUUUUAGUUCUGCUUAUUACAAUCUGUAAUGCCUUUUUUUGAGCUUUGAAAAUGAACUGUUAAUAAAAGUUUUUAAACAAA